AGUUGUCAUAUUUCAGCUGUCAGAUUCAAUUGUCAUUAAAAUCUGAGAAGGUUACUUUACGUAACAUCUCUUCAAAAUCAAAGUAAUACUGUGACUACAAGGACCCUCGAGAGUUUGGUAUCAUCACAUCACAUCCAUGAUGUUGGGAAGAAUAGGCAAGAAACACGCGGAGAUCGCCGCCAGCUUCGCUUCCUCGGCGGCUGGUUUCGGUGGCGGAGCGUUCAUCGGACUCCUUUACUUCACCGACUGGAAGGUGUUCGUCACUAAAAUCCCCUUUUACAGAGGCAAGUUCAAGGACGAACCUAAGGAAGAGUAAGAGGAGUGUUGUCGUCAGUGUAGAGACAAUUUAUUUAUAAUAGUAUGUAAUUAUAAGUUGUGAUUACUG